AUGGGUGCAGUCGUCAGUCCAACAAUUUCGCAGGCAGCGUUUGAGCGCACCAUGAGAGAGCUCGGGGAGAUGGGGAUGAAGCUUCAGAGCGCAGUCAAGGUUCAGCGCUUGGCCGUAGAGACAUCGGAUCUAUCCAAGUGCGACACCGAAAAGGUUCGAGAAGAGGCCUUCAAGCUCAGGCCGACUGUAAGGAGACAGCCAAAGACCGGCCGCGAAAAAAAGACCGAGACCGAAGGCGUAGGAGGACUCAACGUAGACGCUGGCUUAGACGCCGAUGCGGAAGCCGGUGGUGAUGCGUUCGAGGAAAAAGCAGAUGCUGAAGUCGUCGAACGAAGCGCGAGGAGGGCGCCGCCUGUAAAUAGCGACGUGCUACCUCUGCCGUGGAAAGGUCGACUAGGAUAUGCUUGUCUCAACACGUACCUCAGAGCGGCCAAUACUCCCGUCUUUUCGUCUCGGACUUGCCGUAUUGCAUCGAUAAUCGAGCAUAGGCAUCCUCUGCAAGACCCAACACAGCCUGAGCAUAGCACGAAGAACCGGCCUGACAGGACGCAGCCGCCAGAUGUCCAGCGCGGUCUCAAAUUCGUCCAGGAUCUUGGUCUCGCAAAUGCCAAAGAUAUUGUCAAGAUGCUGCGGUGGAACGAAAAGUAUGGCAUCAGAUUCAUGCGACUUAGCAGCGAAAUGUUUCCUUUUGCGAGCCACGAGGAACAUGGCUACAAACUGGCUCCCUUCGCCGCCGACGUGUUGGCUGAAGCGGGUAGGGUAGCUGCUGAGCUUGGCCAUCGUCUCACGACACACCCUGGUCAGUAUACGCAGAUUGCGAGCCCUCGCCGGGAAGUUGUAGACGCAGCCUUCAGGGACCUCGAAUACCAUCAUGAGAUGCUGUCGUUGCUGAAGCUGCCGGAGCAGUCUGAUCGAGACGCCGUCAUGAUCCUGCAUAUGGGUGGUGUAUAUGGCGACAAGGCGGCCACUUUGGAUCGCUUCCGCCAGAAUUAUGCCAAGCUGUCAGAUGGAGUGAAGAGGCGGCUGGUUCUGGAAAACGACGACGUCUCCUGGAGCGUCCAUGACUUGCUGCCCAUCUGCGAGGAACUGAACAUUCCCCUGGUGCUGGACUAUCAUCACCACAACAUCGUCUUCGACGACAGUAUUCGCGAGGGAACCCAGGAUAUCAUAGGCCUGUACGACCGCAUCGCCAAGACGUGGACGAGGAAGAAGAUCAAGCAGAAGAUGCAUUACAGCGAGCCGACAGCAGAGGCCGUCACGCCAAGGGACCGACGCAAACACUCGGCACGCGUCAAGACUCUGCCGCCUUGUGCCCCAGACAUGGACUUGAUGAUUGAGGCGAAAGACAAGGAGCAGGCCGUGUUCGAGCUCAUGAGGGCGUUUAGACUCCCGGGAUGGGACCUCUUCAACGACAUCGUUCCCUACGAAAGGGACGACGAGCCGAAGAAGGAGACCAAAAGAGCCAAGAAGGCAGACAAGAACAUCACUCCUGAGGAGAACGGAGGAAUUCGCGCUGCAUUCCUGGAGUGGUUCAAGGCGCUUCCCGGAUCAACGUUCCAUGAGCACAUCGAAAUCACUGAUUUCCGCGAAAGAAAUGCAGGCCGCGGUAUAGUGGCCCUCCAGGACAUCCCUGCUGAAGCGGUUCUGUUUACCGUACCAAGAAGCGGCAUCCUCAGUUCUGAGACGUCCGAGCUGAAGGGAAAGCUCCCAGAGAUCUUCCAGGAAACGGCCAUGGAAGUGGAUGACAAGCCACAGCAAGAUCCCUGGAGCACGCUUAUCAUCGUCAUGAUGUACGAGUACUUCAAGGGGAGCGAGUCGAAAUGGAAGCCGUACAUUGACGUCCUUCCUUCGUCGUUCGAGACGCCCAUGUUCUGGUCCGAUGCCGAGCUUGAUGAACUUCAGGCCAGCGCCACGCGAUCAAAAGUCGGCAAAGCGAGUGCAGAGGAGAUGUUCCAAGACAAGGUCCUGCCUGUCAUCCGUGCAAACCAGCAUCUUUUCCCAACCAGCCAGACCUACAGUGAUGACGACCUCAUCCAGCUGGCUCAUCGCAUGGGAAGCACAAUCAUGUCAUACUCCUUCGACUUCCAGAACGAGGACGAGGAGGACGAGGAUGAAACCGAAGAAUGGGUCGAGGAGCGCGAGGCAAAGUCCACGAUGGGCAUGGUGCCCAUGGCUGACAUCCUCAAUGCUGAUGCCGAGUAUAACGCACAUGUCAACUAUGGAGAUGACGCUCUUACAGUGACAGCAUUACGAACCAUCAAGGCCGGAGAAGAAAUCUUCAACUAUUACGGCCCGCACCCUAACUCAGAACUUCUCCGACGCUACGGUUACGUCACGCCGAAGCACUCUCGCUACGACGUUGUCGAACUUCCAUGGACUCUGGUCGAGGAAUCCGUGGCCGCUAGCCUGGGCUUGUCAAGUGAGCAGCUUGACAAAGCACGAGAGUGCCUCGAUUCAGAUGAACUCGAGGACACAUUUGUGCUAGAACGAGAAACAGAGGAGCCCAACCCGGACGGCACGUUGACUGGUUCGGCUAGAUUUAGCGAGAUACCAGAGGAUCUCCGGGACCAGCUCAAAUCGCUGCUCAAGGCCAUUCGCAAGGCAGUUCCGUCCAGCGUUGUUGACAAGCGGAAACGCGACGAGAUCCAGCAUAACAUACUCAUCAGAGCACUUGAUGCCCUUGCGUCACGAUAUCCAACAUCCAUCUCAGAAGACGAACGGAUUCUUGCCGGCAACGACAUCAGCGAGCGGCGUAGAGCCGCUGUUACAGUGAGGCUGGGGGAGAAGCGGUUGAUCCAAGAGGCAAAAAACUACUUGCUCGGCCUCGUCUCAGAUGCCGCCGGUGCAGACGAGUCCUCGGCGCCCACCAAGAAAGCCCGGCGGUCAGACUGA